GCUGCCUACGUCGACUUUUCUCCUAGUACGUUUUUUGAAUGCGCGCCGGUAACAGCGGGCACGUGAUACGCCCGCGGCCGCUGCUGUUUUUUUCUCUUUCGCUCAAGUUUGUGACAGCCGAGUGUCGCGUGCGAUCGCGACCACUUCCCGCCAUCAACCCUGGGAAAGCAAAAAAGUAUUCUCAAGUUUUUGGCGCGAAAUGUUCGGUUCAGCAUUGCGCUCACUAGUAAUAUUGGAUAUAAGUGGUUAGACACUAAAAUGACUGCACGGUUUCUAAUUAGUGAAUAUUGUUGAGCUGUGAUCAUUCGCGAUAUCAACUUAACAGUUUAGGGAAAUUUUCCAAUAAUGGAUGACUGGGAGCGACACGUUACUCCUCUCCUGCAAGACAUGGGAUGCUCCAGCGAGGACGCCCAAGAUGACUUCUUUAAUCAGCAAGACGCGGCAAACGAGCAUGCGGCUCACCUAAUGUUGCUCGUUGGCAACAGCGGGGCGGGGACUGGCGGCGCAGCGACGUCGCCGGACGGCGGCUCGAGCUCAGCGCCGCCGUUGUCGCCGGGCGGGUCGGCCGUAGCCAGUGGUGCCCUCUCCCCUGGAGCCGGCAGCCACGCCAGUACCCCAGCCGCUUCCUGCUGCGAUACACCCCGUCCCAUUAUCACCGACCCCGUCUCCGGCCAAACGGUCUGCUCUUGUCAGUACGACGGAGCGAGACUAGCCCUCACCUCGUAUCCUCGUCUCUCGAGCGCGGCUGUUGGCGUCUAUGGCACUCCCUACCCGUCAACGGACCAGAACCCCUAUCCCAGUAUCGGCGUCGAUAGUUCAGCAUUCUACUCACCUUUGAGCAACCCUUACGCGUUGAAGGAGGGUGGCGGUGAAAUGUCGGCGUGGACCUCUGCAGGCCUUCAACCCUCCGGCGGCUACUACCCUUACGACCCAACGCUCGCUGCCUACGGAUACGGCGCUGGGUACGAUUUAGCCGCCCGACGGAAAAACGCAACGCGAGAGUCAACAGCAACGUUGAAGGCAUGGCUGAACGAGCACAAGAAGAAUCCCUACCCGACGAAAGGGGAAAAGAUAAUGCUCGCGAUCAUUACUAAAAUGACGCUGACGCAGGUGUCCACGUGGUUCGCGAACGCGCGACGUCGCCUCAAAAAAGAGAACAAGAUGACCUGGGAGCCGAAGAAUAAAACUGAUGACGACGACGACACGAUGCUUUCCGACGAAGAAAAAGAAAAGGAUGAGCAAGAUGAAAAAAUAAAAACACAUAAAGAUGAGGAGCGGAAAGGUGACGAGUUACUGCAAGGCAUGCAUCAUCAGCUGCUGGGUUACGGAAUAAAGGAAGAAUCGAAGCGAGGGUCGUCAGACUGUGGGGUACCUAUCCCAGCAUCCAAACCGAAGAUAUGGUCAUUGGCUGAUACAGCGGCGUGUAAGACGCCACCACCGGCUGCACAGCCCUGGCCCCAACACAGCUACGGGCCAGACCGCUCAGCAGCCGCCGACAGUAACUCCAAUGGGUUUGCGUUGCCGGCAACGGCAGCUGCGAGCCCCGCCAGCGGCUCGUAUGGUCGUUAUGGCGGCUUCCCUGCAGGCCAGUACAGUGGUCAGCAUCCCUGCGUACAUCCGGCGGCAUUUCCCGACGUGCAAACCGACACACCGCCGCAGACUCCACCCAACAUGAAGGUGCCGAGCGUCGCGAAUCCUUUGGGUAGCGGCGGUGGCUCCGGCUACUGCUUUCCUAGACACCAGCAAUCGCCACAGCGCGAUCCCUACCACAACCCUCAUCACGCCAACAGCCACCAGCCCAACCAGCCCCAUCACAACGAGGGAUCUGCUGCCUUUAAGCCCUUCUAUAAAAGCUCGCUACAACAUCCCAAUGGUUUCGUGUCGGCCGUCUGAAAGCGGACCGCGCACCACUAGCGGUAAAGCACGUGAAACCUGGGUCGCUGCACCAUGCAUCAACCACUAGGGACUAACAAAUUUUCACAGUGGCACAGUGUUUCAGUUCUAUUAUAAGAUUUAUGAUGCAAACAAUUUGUAGGGACAUAAAACUAUGGUUACGAAAUAUACAACUACAUUUUGUAGACUCUGUAAUAUUAUAUUGAUUUGGUGCAUACGUUUUUUGUAUAUGGCCUAGUGUAAUUUUUAAACUAUUAAAUUAAAAUGCACAGAUCAUUAUAAUGUAAAAAGGAUUAUAAGUACUUAAAAUUUGGUUCUGAUGUGAUUUCUGUCGACGGUUGUCCUUUAUUAGUAAAAUAAUAUGAAACGAAUCAUUGUAUGAAAUCAACGUUGCUCAGUAUUUUUAUAGAUUUAAGAAUAAUAUGGAAAUAAUAUCCAAAUUAUUUAUAGAUACACAAAAAGCGCAAUUACGUGUAAAAAAUUAACCAUCAAUUGGUUUUAGUAAAUUAUUGUAUGAUACAUUAACUUUUGUCUCCAGCUGGAAUAAUUGUUAGAUAAGGGUCUUUUAUGAUGAUUUGCUAAUAAGUUCUUCCAAUUUUUUAUUAUAGUACUUUCUUGGAGCAAUAAGUUAUUCAUUAGUUGAGGUGCCAGACUUUACUUUUGUUAGUUGUAAGUGAUUGUUAAUUCAGUAGUAAGGAGGGAAUGGUAACUUUGGUUUCACAUUGUUUACGUCGCAAUCUGUUUAAUUUUGUUACUGUAUGGAUCGAUUCGCAAUCGUCGAUUUGGUUAUUGUUGUUGUCAUUGUAUAUAAAAUGUUUUGUAGAUUUUCUAUUUUUAGUUUCUUGAGAAGUGUACAAAGUAAUUAAUAUGGUUUCGUGACACGCGACGCACUCCGUAAACGCGUCAAUAUGAAUUUUAUAAAUAUUGUUUAAAAGUAUUAUUAGAUAACAUUGUAAAUAAAUAUAUUCUGAAUAUUUUAUUUUUAAAGUGAUCGCAGUCACUUUCGACAGGAUCCGGGAUUAUAUAUAUAUAGAAUAUUAUUUGUUUGAUGUUGGAUUUAGUCAUGUGAAGUAUGUGCUAGGUAAAAAAGUAACGGAUAAACAAAGAAAUGAAGAUGUAUGAAAAUUUUGCUGGACUAGUAAAAUUUUGAGGCCAUAUUUUAACUGGUUAUGAAAAGAAAUUAUAAGCAAAGCUUAAAAUGAUUUAAAAUAUUUUUUAUGAAUAUAUCAGGAAGAUACCGUGUUGGUUGGGUUGGAUCUAUCAAAUGACUUGAUAUUUAUGAGUGGCAUAUGAUAAAUCAAAUAGCAAUUUUUGUCAGGUAUCGUCCAAUACUGCAAUAGUUCUUCUUUUUUGUUUUUUUUUUGUUUUAUUUUAUUCCUUAGUCUGUACAAGUACUUAUUCAUAGGUCACAAGUUAGUUUACACGUGGGUCAACAAUAUUGAGGCUUAAAAUACAAUCAAACAAAAUAUAUUGCAACGUAAUAUUAUCAAGAUAAAAAUUUCAUUGUGACCAAAUCGAAUACAUUCGCUUAAUAUUAAAUGUUCUAUAUAGAUAUUUAUAGAAUAUAUACCUAUUAUUAUUAUGAGUAAAAUUAUGUAACGAUUGUAAUUAAAUCUUUAUUUCAAUGGAGUAAAUUUUAUUUUACAUUUA